AAAAACUUGGGUUUAUGAAUUGGGCUCUCCUCUUGUUCGCUUGGUCGGCUCCAGGUGCCAGUGGGAACCAGACCGAGGGAUGACAUAUCAUGGCCCAUUGGCCAGGACCGCUCCAGGAUAUAAGAUGUCCAGCAGGAUUUGUCAGGGAAGUCACAGUGAAGCAGCUCAGGAGACGUGGCGCCAAUGUCUUGGAUACUUUACUUACACCAAAAGCGUUCAGCGAUGCUGACGACAAGCCUGCUGCUGCUGCCUGUGCUUAUUCGACCUGCUCUCAGCAACCAGAAUGUCACUACCACAGCACCCUCUACCUCUCCCGCUGACUUUGAGCUGACGCUGCCCUCGCCCUCCUUGCUGCAGAGACUGUACGAUGUUACCUCGGCCGUCUUCCAGACGGAUAGUGAGUCCAAUUCUCGGCAAGGACCUAUCGCCGGCGGCAUCCGGCUGACCCUGGGAGCUCUACUAGCACUCCUCCUAGCCACGAUAAUCGGGGUGGUAGGGUUCGGCAGCGUGGGUCUUCUGGCAGCGAAGGCUCUGUCAAUUGCCACCCUGGCGCUCUUCCUUGCUGUCCUCUCCAGCUUCAAGAAGCACAAGAGUGACUCCCACGGCCAAACCGUUCACUACGUGCCCAUACACAGUAACUCGCACGAGUUCUUCCACGAACGCGGGGAGUAUCUUCCACCCUACCUCGACAGGAAGGCGUAACUACAAUAUUACCAUCCGAGGUACAACAUGUGUCAAUAUCACCUCCUCUUUCCUUCCUAUUUAUUAUUAUAGUAAACAUUUUGAAAAACA